AUGGCGUCUUCCGAGGUCGACCAGAAGUUUCUCGGCAAGCUGGCCAAGGCUGUCGAGAAUGACAACCCUCUGUUGUCGUCCAUGCUCUUCAAGAUCCUCGGCCUGUCCCUCAACCUGGCCGAGCAGCUUGUUGCUGCUAAGAAGCAGCGCCGUCCCGAUUAUGAGCCCACUCCAAACGCUGUGCGUCGCGUCUUGCACAUCAUCUGGCUCUCUCGCGAGGGCCUGGUGAUGCUCGAGCAAUACGUCCUGCCCAUGGUCGGUAACUAUGUCGAGCUCAAGGUCCUCGCUUACAAGCUACGUGCCUCGUUCUCUCACAUCUUCGCCCUCUUCCAUAACACGCCCACCGUCUCCAACAUGGGCCGAUGGACUCCCGACGUCACGGCCGUCUUGACCCCGCGAAUGGACAAGGGAAAGGGCCGAGCCAUCGACUUGGACCUCGAGUCCAGGCCCUCGUCCGUCCAACCAACUCAUCCUCUCGAGGGCGGUCCUGUCCUCCCCCCGCCUGGCUUCGAGUCACACAACACGCCGCUGUCGCCAUCAUUCCUCCUUCCCAUCAAGGACUACCUCCCACAGGCCAGACAGCACUUCCACGAAGCCAUCGAGCUUGCCGAUACCCUCCUAUGGGGCUCACAUUCCCUCCGACUCUCCGUCAAGUGCGAAUACGCCGCCUUCCUGUACGAAUGUGCCCACGAUGCCGAUGCCAGCCGCAAACUCGCAAAAGACACGAUUUCCGAAGUAUACGAUGCCACCGAAGGCAUGGACGACGACAUGUUCCAGGAUGCUUGCGAAUUAGUCACAGUUCUCGGCAAGAUGAUGAGACGCGGCCUUGGCUCCAGCAACACACUACGCAGCAAAGACCAGGGCUCAAAUGCUACUCCGGUUCCCAGACCGACGCCGCUGGUAGCUACGCCGCCAGCGGCAAUCCUGCCUCCUGGGAUGGAGAACCCGAUAUGA